AGUGAGGGACUAGAGAGAGAUCACCUUGAGCUGCACUCACUCUUCCGGCAGUUUCAUCGGUCCAGGCACCUCAUCUGCAAGACAAGGACUUCUCCAGUUGCACCAGUGAACAUCAUGCCUCAACCAAAGUCUCUAGACAUGGGCUCUGCCUUCAUCCAGACACAGCAGCUCAAUGCUGCCAUGGCUGACACUUUCCUGGAACACAUGUGCCUGCUGGACAUUGACUCUGAGCCCACCACUGCACGCAACACUGGCAUCAUCUGCACCAUUGGGCCUGCCUCUCGUUCAGUGGAUAUGCUGAAGGAGAUGAUCAAGUCUGGAAUGAACAUUGCUCGCUUGAACUUCUCCCAUGGCACACACGAGUACCAUGCGGAGACCAUCAAGAACGUGCGUACGGCAUGUGAGAGCUUUGAGCCUGGCAGUAUCCACUACAGGCCUAUUGGUAUUGCCCUGGACACCAAGGGCCCAGAGAUCAGGACUGGCCUCAUCCAGGGAAGUGGCACUGCUGAGGUGGAGCUGCAGAAGGGCAACAUCAUCAAGAUUACCUUGGACGAUAGUCACCAGGAAAACUGCAGUGAUGAGGUCCUGUGGCUGGACUACAAGAACAUCACCAAUGUGGUGGAAAUUGGCAGCAAGAUCUACAUUGACGACGGCCUCAUAUCCCUUCAGGUUAAGGAGAUUGGCUCUGAUUUCCUCAUGUGUGAGAUUGAGAACGGUGGCACCCUGGGCAGUAAGAAGGGAGUCAAUCUCCCCGGUGCUGCUGUCGACCUGCCUGCCGUUUCAGACAAAGACAUCAAGGACCUGCAGUUUGGUGUGGCGCAGGGAGUCGACAUGGUCUUUGCCUCCUUCAUCCGCAAAGCGGCAGACGUACACGCUGUCAGAGCGGUGCUGGGCGAGAAAGGCAAAAACAUUAAGAUCAUCAGCAAGCUUGAGAACCACGAGGGUGUUCGCAGAUUUGAUGAGAUCAUGGAGGCCAGCGAUGGCAUCAUGGUUGCCCGUGGUGACCUGGGUAUUGAGAUCCCCACAGAAAAGGUCUUCCUCGCCCAGAAGAUGAUGAUUGGUCGCUGCAACAGAGCUGGAAAGCCGAUCACAUGUGCCACCCAGAUGUUGGAGAGCAUGAUCAAGAAGCCGAGACCCACCCGUGCUGAGGGCAGUGAUGUGGCCAACGCUGUCCUGGAUGGAGCCGACUGCAUCAUGCUGAGCGGAGAGACUGCAAAGGGAGACUACCCUCUGGAGGCAGUACGCACACAGCACAUGAUUGCUCGUGAAGCCGAGGCAGCCAUGUUCCACCGGCAGGUGUUUGAGGACCUGCGUCGUUCCACGCCGCACUGCAAAGACCCCGCCGAGGCCAUUGCAAUCGGCGCUGUCGAGGCCUCCUUUAAGAGCUUAGCCUCUGCGAUCAUUGUGCUCACGGGCUCUGGAAGGUCCGCCCACCUGAUCUCCAGGUACAGGCCCCGAGCCCCCAUCCUGUCUGUGACCCGUAAUGCCCAGACAGCUCGCCAGGCCCACCUCUACCGUGGAAUCUUCCCCGUUCUCUACACCAAGCCCUCCAACGAUGUGUGGGCAGAGGACGUCGACAUGCGCGUCAACUUUGCCAUGGAUAUGGGCAAGGCCCGAGGCUUCUUCAAAGAGGGCGACGUUGUCAUCGUCUUGACCGGCUGGCGCCCAGGCUCCGGCUACACCAACACCAUGCGCGUCGUUCUGGUGGCCUGAACAGACAACAGAGCUGCUCCGCUUUCUCCCUCCACUUUCAUCGACCUUUAAUAGCUCUCCACCCCACACAUCACUCCUGCUCACGGCCCUUCUCAUCCAUCUCCUGGGCUGGCAGACUCAACAAUUUAGCAUUUAGGCAAUAAUGCAAAGAAAUUAUAAAAGAAAGAGGAUAGCCUUUUACGGCUCAGGAGCUGUUUUUGGUGGGAGUAGAGUUUUGUUCCAUACAGUUCCACAUUUUCAUUCCUUUCGCACUGAUUCUCUCAAUCAAACCAGUCUUCAGGGCCUCAGAUUAAUACACCCUGACCACAAACUGCUGUAUUUUAUUCACUGAAACACUUGUAUUACUAAAAGUCUAUGAGUGAAUGCAUCCUGGUCUGUGUGCAUGCGCAUACCGACUCCUGUUUAGGUGGGGUAGGUGGCGGGGGCCGGCUGACGGUAACAGAGCACCCUGAGUACUGUAACGGUUCACUAAUCACACUCCCCCGCCUGCCGAUUUAACGAACAAAAUGGUGGCAUCCAAAAAUCAAAGGGCUCUUCUCACAGCACAGCCUCACUCCACCUCUCCACCUAAACAGAUCCUUCUGUAGUGCUGCCUGUGUAAGGUGUCUUCUCAUAAGCCAGCUUUCACUGUAUUUCAGUGUAUCUGUAAGUGUUGCACUCCUAAUCUAUUCCAGACUAUGUUACAUUCUAUAUUAUACUUGACUUUUGUGAAUGGUGAACUUUAGUUUUAGGACAUCCAAUGCUACUUAUAUUUUGUCUGACUAUAGAAAAAGGUUAGUUUUGGAUGUCCGUUCCAGAGGUGUUUAAACUAGUUACUGUAUUUGUGUUGUUGGAUGUGUCAUGAAGCCUUUACAUUUCUUUCCUCGGGAUCAUAUCUGAGUUGGCGCUUAUGAAUCACGUCUGGUUCUCUAAAGUUGACUGAUAUGAAUGAGCACUUUUACGGUGUUUUGGGUUUUUUUUUUUCUCCAGAUGACUAAAGUAGAGAUGAAGCCCUGUCCCUCUGAGUCAAAGUGGAAGACGGGUACAUUCCCUCUGCUCGUCUUUCUAUGUUGGUGGCCCAAUGUAGCUGUCUUCACGUGUCUAACUUGCUUUUGAUUGUACUGCUAGAGUGUAAGAACUAACUAAAUGUAAAGGGGUAUUAUAAUGUUUAGCCGGUGUACUGAGCUGUCCUACAAGACUGGAGUUCCAUCAAUAAAAGAGAUGAGCACCUACCUGAA